CUGGCAACAAAUGCACACAAAAUUGACUGUUUUUAUGAUGAAAUGUAAAUAAUGAUAGCUCCGUAUGUGAAACGUCAGACAAAAUGAAAUUUAAAUUUUGUAUUUAUUUGGUUGUUCAGCUUAUUGGUUGUUCAGCGACAACUCUCAAAUUCGAAGAAAUAACUGGUGAGAUAUUUCCUCUGGGAGAAAAUAUUGGUAUUAUUGCAGCUUUUGGUCAUUUUAAUUCAGAUGAAUAUACAGAUGUUGUGUCCUUACAACAAGGUGGACAUAAAUUACAACUUUUUAAAGGGAGUGAAAACCGACCUUAUUUCCAAUCAUCUCUAAAUUGUUCUUUUGCGGACAUUAUUACCAGUGUUGUUCCUGGAGAUUACAAUGGCGAUUCACAGCUUGAUCUAUUAAUUACUUUAUCCAAAUCUAAUAAUGAGCAUAGUGAACUAAUGAUAUUGUGGGGAAGCAAUGGUUCAAUUCAUUGCACAUCUGAUACCGUCUUAAGUCUUGUAAACCAGCCUUUCGUUGUUGAUUUUAAUGGUGACAUGAUACCUGAUAUUAUUGGAGAUGAUAUUAAAGAUGAAAAGAGGCAUGUCUGGAUUUCCUCCACAGAUAAAAAAUUCCAUAAUCAUAAUCUAACAAAUGUUAUCCAAAAGAUGCGAAAAACUCAUUCAUCUGGUUUGAUUGAUCUAAAUAAUGAUAUGGCGGCUGACUUUUUAAUCACAGGUGAAAUUUAUAUAGAAUCGUGGAUUAAUACUGGAAAAGGUUUUGUCUUAAAUCAGACUAAAAUUCCUUACCCACAUAAAAUAGAAUGGCUGUGGCAGUCUACUUUUGUAGAUAUGAAUCUUGAUGGAAAAAUGAAUCAUAUAAUGCCAGUAUGCAAAGAUCGUAAAUGUCACGAGUCAGAAAUAUUGAUAUGGAAUGAGAAUCAAACCAAGUGGGAAGUUCUUUUUUCUGAUUUUAUGAACCCUAAUGACAAAACUGUGUGGGGCUUCAAAUUACCUAUGGGAGCUGCUCUAGAAAUGGCUGCUCUUCAAGUCACCUUAAGAGCUGGUGAUGUUGACAUGGAUGGUUAUCCAGAUUUUAUAACUGUUUUACAAUCUAAAAAAGUUGCUACUGAUGUACAAGCAGUUAUUAUGAGAAAUAUUCCUUGCAGCAAUAAUUGCUCAUCUGGUAGAACUCUUGAAAUAGUUUGGGAUGUACAAGGUUUGAAAGAUAUUCCUAAUGUACAAAUAGCUGCUUUCUUUGACUUAUUUGAGGAUGGGACUUUAGACAUUCUUGUAUCUAAUCAUACCAAACAAGAAUGGAAAAUAUAUGCCUUGAGAAAUACUGAAAUUUUUGAUUCCUGUUUCUUAAAAGUACUCGUUCUUGGUGGUCUAUGCCUUCAGAACUGCUCUGUUGAUCCUUAUGGUACAAACCAGCCAGGUCCUGUUGUGAGAUAUAAUAUGACCACCCAAGAUGGUAAACCACUUGUAAGUUCUUCUAUUCAGUUGUCCCAGUCAGCGCACUUUCCUCUUCAGCUACCUUAUUCUCUGUUUGGCCUUGGACAGACUCCAAAUUUUAUAGAUGUGUUGACUGUUUCGAUACCUGCUGUAUUCAAUAAAAGUGUGCACAAAAGAGAAUGGGUUCAAAUUAUACCAAAUUCUCAAAUAGUCAUUAUCCCCCAUCCUCCAAAUGAUGAGAGGAAGUGGGUGAAAAGACUCUUUGUAACACCUAGUAAUUUGGUGUUUUUAACAUGUAUGGCCUUAAUUGUAACUUGUAUAUUUUUAUGUCUUUUAGUAGCUCUUUUACACUGGAAAGAAAGGAGAGAAGACAAAAAAGAAAGAAUGCAAGAUGCUUAUAGGUUUCAUUUUGAUGCAAUGUAAAUUUUAUUAACUCAAAUGUUUAAUAUAUGUACUAUCUGAUAUAUAUCGUAUAUCUUGCAGAAAACAAAUGUUGAUUUUUAUCUGUGAUUAUAAAACAUAAUAUUGA